AUGCCUUCCUCCAAAAAGAGUUCUACCACCAUGUCGUUGAACAGUAAAGCUACCAAGUCGGGUCUUGCGUCUCUCCCAGCCGAAAACGGCUCUUGUACCACGGGUGAACGGCCAGGCAAGGCGCAUAAGCGAUCCCGGUCCGGAUGUUUCACAUGUCGCCUGCGUCGCAAGAAAUGCGAUGAGAUGCACCCAUCUUGUACCGCUUGUGUCAACCUCAGUGUACGAUGUGAAUUUAAGCGCCCCUCAUGGUGGGGGAACGCCGAGCAGCGACGAACCCAAAAGGAGCGCAUCAAGAAUAAAAUUAAGCAGACGAAAAUGAUUGAACGAAAUGGCACUCAGCCAGACCCGACCUUCCGCCCUCGCAACCUGUCCAUGUCCUCCCCCAUUUCCGGCUCGCCCGAGUACGAUUUUAGCCGCCCAGUAUACGCGGAGCCUCAUGAUAUCUUCUCCUCGCAUCUUCCCACUCCGGGCUUGGGAACUGCGCCUUAUGGACCUUACGCACCCCCAUAUGAGAUCGAUGUGAAAACGGAACGACAAACGUUCAUCAAUGACGUCCCCAUGCGCCACGAUUCCUCCACGUCCACGUUUAGCGCUUUCGCCCCGCCGCAGCUGAGCGCUCCCUUGCCCACCUAUGCUGGUGAUGAUUGGUUUGGCGAGGAGUACUUCACGCAGGCCUCGACGUUCCACGGUGUCAACGCUGGUGCCGUGGAGUCUAACGUUGAUCAAACAUCAUCGUUGUGGACCCAAAGCAAUAUCUUGGUGAAUGAACAUGAUCAGCCCCUUCUCGACCAUUUCAUCCACAAUGUUCUUCGGCAAAUGUUCCCGGUCCUCGAAGCUCAUCAACGAGGACACUUGCGUGCCCAGGCAAUUCUGCGCGCCCUUGAGACCAACAAAUGCUACCUCCACUGUUGUCUCAGUGUUGCUGCCAUCCACCUCAAGACCACUGAAGGACUAGUCGGUGAACAAAUUGAUCAUGAUAUCAUGCGCCACCGUUACGAUGCAAUUUCCCAAUUAUGCCAGGCCUUGGGAGAGGACCAGAACCUCGAGGAGAUCCUUGACGCCACCCUCGCCAUGAUCUUCUUCCACUGCUCUGUGGGUCCUUCGGACGAUUACCUGCCCGAUAUCCCUUGGUUCGAUCACUUCCAGGCCGCUUCCAACCUGGUCACCCGGCUUGGACUCCCCACGAAGUCUCUGGAAUACCAGAACGGAUAUAUGGUUCCGUCUUUCAGCAUGACUCUGACGUCCUGGAUUGACAUCCUCGGCUCGACCAUGAUCGGCAAGACUCCUCAAUUUGCACACACUUAUCGAUCAAAGCACCUCAGUGGAACGCCCAGUGGAUUGCGCGAGUUGAUGGGCUGCGACGACCGAAUCAUGUACCUGAUCUCAGAGAUUUCCUGUCUCGACUCGCUGAAGAGCGAAGGCCGAGUCGAUGACCUUGCCGUCUGCUCCCACGUUCAGGCCCUCGGCAGCCAGUUGAAGUAUACCGAGCCGGCCGACUCAACCCUGGAGAACCCUUUCUCCUCUGCCACCGGGUCCAUCCGCCCCGAGGCGCUCACCAAGACCAUGUCCUCCAUUUUCCGGAGCGCUGCGCGGAUCUACUUGUGCAGUCUAGUGCCCGGCUUCGACCGCAACCAAGCCAGCAACGAGAAUCUGAUCUCGGCCGUCACCAACGCGCUUCAGUAUGUGCCCGCCGGUCCCCACGGUUUCGACCGCUCCCUGGUCUGGCCCCUCCUCAUGACUGGCGUCCACUCCACGCCUUCCAGCCAAUUCCGCGCCGUUCUUGCCGAACGCGCCGCCGCUCUGGGAGACCACGCCGACCUCGGCAGCUUCGGCCGCAUGUACCGCCUCCUCCAGGAGGUGUGGAGACUCACUGAUGAUGACUCCGCCAACUUGGAGGCUUCGUCUGGCGAUCCAUACUGCACAGCGCUCCCCAGCCCCGUCGCCAAGCUAGAGCCGAUCGAGUCACAAUCACCCAACAGUGGCGGCGGCCGAGAAAUCAAGCGCCAGCAAGUGCAAUGGCGCGAUGUAAUGCGCCGCAACAACUGGCACUAUCUUCUGAUUUAA